AAGUAGUUUUGCGCAAUGCCACUGCAGACACGUAGGAAGGGCCUUCCUCCCUGCUCUGUGGAAAGGGUGUAAGUCCACCAUAAAUCACGCCGCAGCGCUCCAGGGGAAAGAGGUGUCACCAGGAGCCUGCCCAAGGGGACACACACACCAGGACGGAGACACCGUAGAAGCAAUUUUUCGACAUGAAUCUGGCAGCAGAUCUCUGUUUGUUGGCGUGUCUCACUGCAGUGACUUGUGACCGGGUCUACGUCCACCCUUUCAAUUUGUUUUCUUUCAAUAAGAGUACCUGUGAGGAGCUGGAAAGCCUGGUCCAAGAGGGAAAGAAAACUUUUGUCCCUGUCUCAAUUGAGUCCCAAACCCCACCUGCCUAUGAAGAUGACCUGAACAACAAGGACAAACUGGAAACUCUGAGCUUGAGUGGCCAAAGGCGGCAGAAGCUGAGCUACUUGAAGGACUUGGUGUACGUCCUGGGCAUGCGGUUCUACAGCAAGGUGCAAGAAGCACGGCAGAACCAAAACAUUCUCCUGUCCCCCACCAGUCUUUACAACUCCUUGGUAUCUUUCUACCUGGGUGCCUCAAACCAGACAGCAGCUGAUUUGCAGGGUUUGCUGGGAUUUGUUCCCCCCUCCGGAGACCCUGGCUGUACCUCCAGGGUGGAUGGACACGAAGUCCUUUCUAGCCUGAGGGAGAUUGAAAGCCUCAUCAAGAGCAGGGAUGAGGAGCUGCUCUUUUCUAAGGUGCUCUGCCUGUUCUCAGCCCCUGGCGUCCCUCUCUCCCAAGCGUUCGUGCAGGACUUGCUCCCCUCCACUGAUGCUCUCUAUGCCCGAGCUGUUGACUUUACAAACCUAAGCGAGGCAGUGAAACAAAUUAACACCUUCAUGGAAGCAAAAAGCAAGGGCCAAAGCAAGUGCUUACUGACAGACAUCGAUCCAUCCACCAACCUGCUGUUUGCUAUGGACGUCCGCUUGGCAGUAAAUGUUAAACAAGCCUCCCAGCUCAAGGAGCCUCAGGAAUUCUGGGUGGAUUCAAACACGAAGGUCUCGGUCCCUAUGCUGUCAGUCACAGGGACAUUCAAGUAUAAAACUGAUGACAGUGGGACAUUUUCUGUGGUGGAAGUCCCCAUCAGCAAGACCACGCUGCUGGUGCUUCUGCAGCCCAUUGAUGGCAGCAACCUGGAGCAGGUGGAGUCCAAGCUGCCUCUGCAGUCCUCAGCCUGGCUUCAGCAGCUGUCCCCGAGAGAAAUCAGGUUAACACUGCCGGAGUUAACAAUAGAAGACAGCUCUGAUCUACAGGAGCUUCUUGCAGAUAUGGAACUGCCCGCGCUGCUGGGGAAGGGGGCAGAUCUCAGUAAAAUAAGUGACACCAACCUAACAGUUGGAAAGGUAAUAAAUAAAGCCUUUUUCAAACUGAGCAGUGAUGGACCAGAGCAGCCAGAAGAACCCACAGCGCAGAAGGAAGAUUUGGUGUUCCUGGAAGUAACACUGAACAAGCCGUUCCUUUUAGCUGUUCUUGAAGAGAAGUCCAGGGCGAUGCUUUUUCUUGGCAGAGUGACAAACCCACUGCACGGGGUGUAAAUGCAAGCACGGGGGAUAGGGAGGGAGGCGAAUGAUGCACAUUUCCCAUCACCUUUUUCUUAUUCAUCAGCUAUUGUUGUGAUCUUGUUGAGUGCCCUACUUAGCUUUGAGAUGAAGCAGGUAGUGCUUGAAAUACAGCUUUUUGGAAGCUAAAACAUUGCAACAUUUCAUUCUUGUUCAUCUAUUUGAUAUGACUCAAACCCUUCCUUCAGCUUCUUUUCUUUCCUUAUUCCCACUUUGUCUUCCUUCUGCCCCCAGCUCCCUUUUUCAAUGCAGUGGGGAUAAAGUUGUAGCCAGCAGGGCACUGACUUAAAAAAAUAGUUUCAAAAGCACAAGCGGCAUUUAAUAUACAAAGGUGUAGAAAAGGACCUCAUCAUUCCUAAGAGCUAACUUUUAAUUUUCCGUUUGGUCUGUUUUGCAAGAGAGACUGCCUUUUAUGUUACAGUGAAAGUUUCAGGGUUAUCCACAGAGAUUUCUAGCUUCGUCAGCAAUGUUUUCCUUUAAAAUGCUGCCAAGAGCACGGGCAGGUUUCACUUGUUCCACUGAGACAAGAUUUUUCGCCUUGGAAGCAAAAACACAUUUAGAGGAAGUUUCUUCUUUCUGCAGCCCAGAUGGAUACAUUCAUUUCUUAACUCUAUGGAAAAGCUAAAAAUAGGGUUUGGUAGCAUUAAUGAACUGUGAUGGAUAAAUUCUCAUAGCCUGACAGAUUUCUCUUCAAAUUGUUUUAAGGGGAGGAAAAAAAAAAAAAGAGCAUUCUAUUCCUCGUAGUACUUUCUAACCUGAGAGGCAUUUAUUACAGCCUUAUAGUGAAAAAGAACAUUACUGGUUAGAGCCCAGAUCUGUGAACUUUAACAUAACCAAACCAUAUGUUCUUAAAAAUAGUAUUAAUGGCAAUGAUCUGUACCACUAUAAAUGGUGGAUGUGCAGCUACACAUGAAUAAAAAGGGCUCAGUGGUCCAAUCCAACUCUUAAGAGAGUCAUAAAGGUUUGAAACAUGAAACUGGAACAACAGAUUAUUAGACAUUUCUUGAAUUAGCAAGUGAAGAAUUGGGAGUGCAAUCUUGGUAGUAAGGAAAGCCUCUCAGCAGAACGUUUUUUUCCACCUCUCAUCCUUAAAUUUGUCUUUAGCGCUGAUGGCCUCCAGUAAAUAACCGCAAACCUCUUUGGUAUAUGAUGCCAGAUGUACCCCACAGAGCACAGUAGUUCCUUGUCAUCCAUAGUGGCCCAAAUGUCUGUCUAAUCCAACCCACUAACACCAGUGGCUCACUACUGGUGAUGUAGAUACAUGACAGACCCUUCCAGCUUGAUGGAAAAGACUAACAAAUAACACAACUCACUCUGGUGAAUACCAAGAUUGAGUGCUGUGAUGUAGCAUUCAUGUAUUUAUGCAGUUAUACUGUAUGUAUUCCAGAUGCUCUAACAUCUAAAUACUGUACUUGUAUUAUAUGCAGAAGCAAUUAACUAUAAAUAUGCAGAGACAGAAAGAUGCAAAUAAAACCACUUCCAAGUUGCUUUGCCACA